CCACAUAAUGUACACGAGAAACUCCACUUCUUGGUUGACAGAUAAACUUUCCAAUAGCAAGGAAGGAGGCGGGACUUCAAUAUCUUCUCGGAGAGAGGUUCGUGGACAUCUGCGCUUGGUUGGUCCUGAAAAUAUGUAUCGGCUUCGGGCAUCUCAGUACAAUCUACCUGCUGCAAUCGUUCGUGUCUUCGAUUAAAAAAACGCCUAGCCGUUAGCUAAACACAUGCACCGAAGCCAUCGACCAGUGAUAACGAACAGCUUUAGAUACUUAUCUUUUAGGCGUGUACUGUACCGUAAUGGAGAAGGAAAAUGUAGCUAUCUAGCCAAAUUGCUAACACAGAGGACCCAACACCAAACCUUCGUAUGGAGAUUAAAACGGUUAUCAUCAAUCUAAUCUAUCAACGGGGGACAUUCAACCGUUUUGGGAUUUAUUCACUCAAGGAGCCGGUGUGAAUCCACAUAGCUACAGGAGCUGUGUCCCAGCAGACGUCUAGAGGCCGUGCCAGACGUAUCUGACUACAGAGAGGACGAUCACCAGUGACACGCCAGCGGGAGUGGAGAGAGACCGUGCCUGUUGGAAAACCUGUUGGAUCUUUUCUUACAGAUUAUCACACUGCUCUCCUAACUGACACUCUCCCCCUUUACACAGACACACACACACAGAAUCACACACACUCCUCUAGAAGUAGCCCUAGAGAGUCACAUAAACGUCUCACAGUCACUCAGACACGCCCUCCGAGACCCAGAGUUGCUUCCCUGGGGUCGUAGUGGGAGGGUGUGCCCCCCCCCCCCCCCCCCCCCCCCCCCCCCUUCUCGGUGCACUCCGCUGGGGGACAGAAGUAGAGGAAUGGCCCUGGGGGAAUGGCUGGCUGGCUGCCUCGCUCAGUGAGACGGCGGCUUAUGUAACUAACGGCCCUCCUCAUCGUCCUCUCCUUGGCUAGCUAACGCAGCUGGGCCUUGGAUGUCCACAGGCACUGGAGAGGAGCUCUUCAUCUAUCUCCACUAGGGAGAUCCAGCUUCUAAUUUUCAGGCCCUUCCUCUCUGGGUUCAACUUCACAUUGUUUUUUUUCCUAUUCUUUUUUUGUUUGUUUUUCUUUAACCAUUUUCCAGGAGGAUCUUUCAGGGUGUUUCGGAUAUGUGCCCCCUCAUGGACUCCUGCAGGUUACAGGGACACACACAAUUUGACCUGUGUACACGUCUUCUUCCACCCACACCUGUAGCAGGUGGGAUCGACCUCUGAGAACUCCCGCUUGUCUCCCGUUGGCUCAGGGAUGCCCCGACCAGGAAGACCAACGUCUGAGCAUCCGCCUACGAGCACAUUGGCGUUUUGAAAAUGCUGUUUGGACUGAAGGGACAGCCAUUUUUAUUUAGUGAGGAAACUAGCUGACUUCCAGAGCAAUUAUAGGACUGCCUGAUAUUAGUCUCCGCUGAUUUUUAGCUCUUGUUUUGAUGUUGUUUUGUUUUCCCCAUCUCAUCUGAGGAUUGAGCCAACCAGGGAGCAAAAUACACAGAGACAAGAAUCCCACUUGGACACAAUCAAAGACCAUUUUGCUCCUUUUCUGUCUCCUUCCUCUCUCUCUCUCUCCCCUCCCCCCCUUUGUUUACCUGUUUACACAGUAGACCAGCUAGAGUGAUACCUUUCUAUCGAGGCAGAAAAUAAACUGCUAUGUUGCAAUCUUUUUACAUCUUGGCCCGCAUCAAAUCAAAAACCUUGCAAUCAAUCUCUACCUCUCGAUCGCUCCAUCCCCCUUUUUAAAACAUCUGUGUCAGAGCCACAUUCAUACUCAGUCGGUCACAGACAAGAGUAGCGUACAGACGGAAACAGGCUACAGACGGAACAGGCUACAGACGGAACAGGCUACAGACGGAACAGGCUACAGACGGAACAGGCUACAGACGGAACCGUACAAUCUGCAGACGGAAGCAAUCUGUCAUCUUCGUCUGGAAGGGGAGAAGGUUAUUGGGUCUGAAUGUCAUUGAACUGAACCAGAGGUCGUUAAAAUAUUAAGUUAUUGAUCCGGGCUUUCAUUGAACAGGGAAUGCAUAGAAGGUCAACCAAAGCGAUCUUCCUCAUCCUCUGUACCUAACUGACCUUUUGACCCCUCAAAGUUGAGUAGUUGUUUAAAAAAAACAAAAAAAAAAACAUUUGAGUCUUAAGGACUAGAUGAGAGUGAGAUUGUAAUGAAUAAAAAGGAAAUGUACGUUUUUAAAACGGCUUCACCAAAUCAUAUACAUUAUGCUUUACUGAGACAUCCUACUUCUUUUCUUUAGAAAAGGGAGGGUCCAAGAUUUUUCUAAACCCCACCGAAACGAUCAAGCCAUAUCACAGCUUUAAAAAAUUUUUAUUUUUUAUUGCAUAAUUUUAUUUUUGUAUCGUACAAUCACUAAGCCUUCAAUUAAGUUAUUUACCUCUCGCACGUGCACAUUUCUUGAUAUUCCUUUUAAAAACGUCAAGAUAUUUACCCAAAUCCACUGUAAGGAACAAGACUAAAGAGAAGAAACCAAGAAAUUUAAAAGCAUCAGCCUUGAGAUUGACCCACAAUUGAGCAGAGCUUGUCGUUGUCGUCCUCCUGUAUAAAGCCAGUACUUCAAGCAUAGAGCGGCAAUGCCUCAAUCUUACGAGAACACGUCUUUUUUUAAAUAGCGGCUCUUGUUUAGCUUCAUGUUCCAGUCUACUUUUAUGUUGACCUGUGUGUUGAAACAAAAGGCCUUCUAGUGGAGUUUCUUUAAGCCUUUAGCUGUCAGAGUCCAACUCAAUCAACCCCCCCUCCCCCUCUAUCUCUGUCUUAUCUCCCCCCUUUCAAAUACCCUCUGUCUUAUCUUAACCCCUCCUCUCAGACGAGGCCGAAGGUCAAGUUGAAUAGACGCCCGACAACUUUAAGCAAAGGGACGGAGUUGUUUUAUGAGCACGCGGUUUAGGGAGGGCCGGUCUAUCUCCCUUUCUCUUCAUCCCCCUCUUUCCGGUGAACAUGCAGAGACGUGGGUCUUCUCUCGUCAUGGUCCGAUUGAGAAGGGGACUCCUCUACCUCCCUCUCUAACCCCGUCAAUCCCUCUCUCUCUCUCUGCCCUUUCUCUUAAUCUCUCCCUCCCUCUUUAUCUAUAAUCCAUCCCUCCAUCUACACACCCCAAUCCCCCUCCCUCCCUCCCUGGGUAUUCCCCUCCCCUCUCCCCCUGUGUGAUGCCAGGCAGCAGUAAGAGUGGAGGUGUGGGUGGCCUCCCCUCGCCCCCCCACACCGCCUCCCCGUCCCGGCCACUUCGCCCGUCCCGCUACGUGCCCGUGUCGGCGGCGACAGCCUUCCUGGUGGGGUCUACCACGCUCUUCUUCUGCUUCACGUGUCCAUGGCUGUCGGAGCAGUUCUCGGUUGCCGUGCCGAUCUACAACGGUGUCAUCUUCCUGUUUGUCCUUGCCAACUUCUGCAUGGCCACCUUCAUGGACCCGGGCAUCUUCCCCAGAGCGGAUGAGGAUGAGGACAAGGAGGAUGAUUUCCGCGCUCCGCUUUAUAAGACGGUGGAGAUCCGAGGCAUCCAGGUCAGGAUGAAAUGGUGUUCCACCUGCCGCUUCUACAGACCGCCCCGCUGCUCACACUGCUCUGUGUGUGACAACUGUGUGGAGGACUUUGACCACCACUGCCCGUGGGUGAACAACUGUAUCGGCCGGAGGAACUACCGCUACUUCUUCCUGUUCCUGCUGUCCCUGACGGUCCACAUCAUGGGAGUGUUUGGCUUCGGCCUGCUCUACGUCCUCUACCACACACAGCAGCUGGACAGGGUCCACUCUGCCGUCACUAUGGCAGUGAUGUGUGUGGCUGGUCUCUUCUUCAUCCCGGUGGCUGGUCUCACUGGCUUCCACAUGGUACUGGUGGCCCGGGGACGGACCACCAACGAACAGGUGACGGGGAAGUUUAGGGGAGGAGUGAACCCUUUCACUAAUGGCUGUUGGAAGAACGUUUCUCACGUGCUCUGCAGCUCCCAAGCGCCCAGGUACCUGGGGAGGAAGAGGAAGCCUCACAGUGUGGUUGUCCAGCCUCCGUUCCUCCGGCCACAGCUCACUGACACCCAGCUGGCCGCCAAGGUCCUCGACAACGGUAUCCACGGAGACCUCCACCGGUCUAAGAGUAGUCUGGAGAUGAUGGAGAGUCAGUCGUGCGAUGCGGAGCCCCCUCCUCCUCCCAAACCGGAGCUCAGGUACCCCGCCCUGUCCAGAGGCCACCAGGGACAACACACAGAGGAGAGUAGUCUUCUGAACAAAGCCCCGCCCACACCCACCAUGUAUAAAUACAGGCCGACCUAUAGCAGUCCAGGAAAGAACCACACUGCCCUUACCCAUGCCUACGCCAACCAGAUGAGUCGAGGGGACAGUCUGAAGGAGUCGUCUUCUCUGCUCCAGUCCAGCCAGCAGCCUGGCUUCCGCUCUGAACCCAGCCUGGAUGGGAGAGAGGCCCCAGGGGAGAGAGGGGGAGGAGGAUUGGGAGGUGGAGACAGACCUGGAGGAGGGGGGGCACCAGGGUCAGGGGGUGGCGGUAUCCCCGGUUACUCUCUAGGGGGACGUUCCUACCCCUCCUUUUCAGACCCAACGGUUCUAUCCUCCGGUGGAGGGGGAGGUGCUUCCCAUUCUUCCAGCGUGCGUUCUGGCUCCGCCCACAACGCGACGCAUGUCUCCGAGGCAACGACCUCCACGAGCUACAAGAGCCUGGCCAAUCAGACGCCUCCUCCGCGCAACGGCAGCCUAUCGUACGACAGCCUGCUCACGCCCUCCGAGAGCCCCGACUUUGAGUCGGCCGCACCCGACAUGUCGCCCGGGCACCACCGUACCCCGGCACCACCCCCCAUCCUGGGGUACUCCUCCCCCUACCUGUCGGCCCAGCUCAGCCAGCAGAGAGACGCAGAGCUCCACCAGCCCUCCGCCUCCUCCGUAGCCCUCCUCUCCUCCCCACACCGCGCCCACUAUCUCCAGGAAUCGCAUCCCCACUCCCACCACUCUCAGCCCCCUCCCUCCUCCGCGGCCCCCCAGCCCCCCCACCCACACCACCACCAUCAUCACCACCACCACCACCACCACAGCAGCCACAGCUCCAGACCCCCCCGCUUCUCCCGGCCCCCGCUCCUGUCCGACUCUGCCGCCCCCCACCACUACCCGUACCGCACCCGGUCCACGGACACCCCCCUGGCCCCCUCCACGCACCCCCCGCGUUCCCCCCACCCCCCGCCGCUGGGGAAGUCUCUGUCGUACUCUUCGGCGGCGGCAGCGGAGAUGCAGUACCGGAUGGUGCGCAAGGCGUCGGCCUCGGCCGGAGGGGGAGGGGCGGGAGGGGGGAUCCAUGCACCUAAGGACGAGAUUCAGAUGAAGUUGUUCAGCCGGACGAAUGGGCAGCCCAGGUCCUCCAUUUCUUCCUCAGGCUCCACCCCUUCCUCCCCCUCUCACCCAAUCAGCAUGUCCACUCGCCCCGGACAGGCCUAUCCCAGCCCUGGAAACACCCAGAGCCCCGCCCACAAGCCGGGGGGCGGGGUGAAGAAAGUGACGGGCGUAGGCGGGACCACCUAUGAGAUUUCAGUCUGAGUUUGACGGGCGGCUACUCCGACUAAUGGCGUCAGGGGUUGAAGGUGAAGGAGGUGUCAGAUUGACUGAUGAUAUUUCUGCCUCUCGGACCCUUCAGGAGAGGAAAGCUUUUAAUAAACAGACGUUUUAAAAGUUGGGUGAUGAGGAAGAGUGAAACGACAGACUUUUCUAGCUCUUCUUCCAAAUGCGAUGGACUCCGGACUUCCUCUCUCAUUCAGAGACCUCCAGUCAAGGAACUACAGAACUAUUCGGGAGGAAGUUGUUUAACCAAUCACAUUCAAGAACACAAUGCACCACUAUGACAUGGUAGGCUUACGGGCCCAGCGAGCCAAUCAUAAGACUCUUUGACAAUCCACCAAUUUCUGGGCAGAUUGAACUCUGUGGGAAUGAUUGACUGACAGUUACAACUGGGUUUGCCUUUAUUGGAUAAAACAAGGAAGAUCAACAUGGCUGCGUAUACACAGGCAGCUCAAUUCUGAUAUUUUUUUGACCAAUCAGAUCAGCUCUGAGAAAGUAAAAGGGGAAAAAUACAUCUGGAUUGGGCUGCUUGUAAAAACAGCCAAUAUUUUAAAGAGAAAAACAAAAAUGUUCAUUCAUUCAUAAAUAUGUAAUGAUUCAUUCUCUGUACAGAAUUAUAUGGUUUGGAAUUUAUGGUGAUUUCCUCCAAUCAGUGGCAUUUAAAGGUGACUGUGGCAUGCACCGGCCACUAUGGGCCACUGUGAUUGGCUAGUGAUCACGCUGCCAUUCUCUCAUGACCAAUCAGAAAUGGAAAUGCUAAACUGUAGUAGACAGCAGGAUCAUUGGUAGAGUUAGUUUUUGGCCUGGCCUGGUUCCCCGGGUGGGCGGAGAUUUCACUUAAGGACCAAUGGAAUGAUAAAAAAUAAGAAACUUGACCAGUGACACAAUCAUCGGGUCUGUACUAAAGAUGGAGCAGCCUUUCCUAAACAAACUUUGGAGCAAUGGCCUUGAUAAUCAAGGUGUUUUUAUUUUAUUUUACCUAUUUAAUUUCAAAAUGUUAUUUUAUAUGAAUUUAUAUAUAACUGUUGAUAAGAUUUUUUUUUUUUUUUUUACGGGCUGAUAUAGGGUUUUUUGGUUUGAGUUAAUGUCAGAAUUAUAACCAAACAAGAAAGAAACUGUUGCCGCGUUCAAGUGCUAGUCGGAACUUGGGACAUUUCUGACUUAUUAACUGGUUUUAGUUAAACACGUGCCACGUUCAACCAGUUAGCAAGUCGAAAAUGUCAGUUUCCUAGUUCCGACUAGCACUGGAAUGCGGCUAAUUUGGAUUGAUGGCUGCACCAGCCAAUCAGAGGCUGAGUUUUGAGUAUUCAGCCAAAGAGAGGAGCUGGACAAUGAUAUGGUUCAGCCAAUGGGAAACAAUGUAUUUGAUAAAAGAAGGCGAUGUAGCAUUUUUAAAGUCCUUUGAUACACAGUAACCACUCGACUUCUCUUGGGGCAUAUUUCAGAAAUACCCUGCUGUACUUUCUGAUUGUUUACUUCUGAGCUUUGUAAUGGGUGUGUCUGAAAUGGAACCCUAUUCACUAUAUAGUGCACUACUUUUGACCAGGGCCUAAAAGACUCUGGUCAAAAGCAGUGCACUAUGUAGGGAAUAUAAUGCCAUAACACACACCCAAUGUUUUGUUUUAUUGGUCCGGAUACUGACAUCUCUGGUUGCAGUCCACUAGCUGACCUAUUGAGAAACUAGCGAGGAUCACAUGCUUUGGCGCGACCAAUCCAGAGAGCGCAAGAGAUUCAUAUCAACCUACUCUUUUAUUCGUUAAUGGUUUAAACCAAUGAUGAGCAGCUGAAAGUCAGUAACAACCUUUUUAUAUUUAAUUUGUACUUUUCUUUUUUUUUGCAAGAUUUUAAGACAAUUUACAGGGCAUUGCUUUAGACUGACAGUUUGUUUGACCAGUCAGGAGCGUAGAAUGAAACAAAAUGGUCUAGGACACAAAAAAAAAGCACGUCGCCCAAUAUGUUUGACUGCCAUCAGGAACAGCCAAUGCCCUUACAGAUGAUGUUUAGACAAGUACAGGCCCUGGACUUGGGUGUUUUGAAAUAAAUAAAUACAAUUUAAAAAGUA